AUUGUCUGGAUGGUCUGUAUUUAAUCCUGUGGUGGCUGCGAGAUUGAAUACUCCCGCAUUAUCGAUUUUUUGAGAUUCAGUCCCGAGCAUUGUUGAUAUAUAACUUAUAACAAUCGGGUCAACACACUGAACAAACCCUCUGUCUUUGGGCUGGCUCUAACUAUCUCUGCUGGAGGACAGCAAAUCUUCUGGGAACGGUGUAAUAAUUUUGUGACACCUCUACUGAGACUGGUGAUAAUUGGGACACCAUGGAGGUCACGAAUACCCCUUCCGGACAGCCUACGCGGGUUAAAUCAAAUAAGCCCCAAGAUUUUAAACCCCGACUUCUUUUGAUGGGACUCCGUCGGAGCGGAAAGUCAUCUAUUGCUAGCGUUGUCUUUCAUAAGAUGCCCCCGAACGAAACCCUAUUCCUAGAAUCCACCACACGCAUCCAGAAAGAUUCAGUCCACUCGUUUAUGGACUUUCAGGUGUGGGAUUUCCCUGGCCAGUUCGAAUAUCUUGAGUCGUCAUUCGAUCUCGAGGAAAUAUUCGGAAGCCACGGUGCUCUUGUUUGGGUUAUCGAUGCUCAAGAUGACUACCUAGAGUCUGUUGCUCGGCUCAACCGCACCAUCCUGACAGUCCAGCAGUAUUAUCCCAAUAUUAACAUCGAAGUAUUCAUUCACAAGGUGGACGGACUCUCCGAAGAGUACCGCACGGACACAUUCCAAGACAUUGUCCAGCUUAUCUCUGAUGAGCUCAGCGAUGCUGGAUAUGAGAAUGCACCUGUCCACUACUAUUUAACCUCAAUCUACGACUACUCGGUUUUUGAAGCUUUCAGCAAAGUCAUUCAGAAACUCAUCCCCAACCUGUCUACUCUGGAGAACCUGAUCAACACCUUAUCAAACAAUUGCGGCUUUGAGAAGAGUUAUUUGUUUGACGUCCUGAGCAAGAUAUAUAUUGCCUCUGAUACUCGACCUGUCGAUAUGUCCUGUUACGAGAUGUGUUCGGAUUAUAUCGAUGUAAUCGUAGACAUCUCUGAGCUUUACUCUUGGGAUCACCCUGACCGCAAGCCAAAAGGCGACCAGAACCAGGAAGCUGAGAGUCAUGUUGCACUACAUGAUGAAACUAUGAUCCAUCUAAUGGAAAUGAACAAGUAUCUCUGCCUCGUCUCUGUCAUCCGCAAUCCCGAGGCCAGGGAAAAGAAGGGUCUAAUUGAUAUGAACUGUCGCACAUUCCAACAAGCCCUGAAUGAUGUGUUUUCUCGCAGCUGGGAACAGGAGCAGGAAGCAGAACACAGCCAGGAUUCAGUGGAACAACCGCAUGUGGGCGAGCCGCCCACAAACAACUUUUUGACCUUAUGAUUACCAUUACUAAAAUGCUUCCAUGUUACUUAUCUCUACUUCUGAUAAGAGAGCCUCCGGCUCGGUAUUUCCCGAGCUAUUCGUCUACUUGGGCUUGAUAGCCGGCGGAGUGAUGGAUUGAAUUGGCGAAACUCUGGAAACAUGAGG